AUUUGUUUCCUUUUGUGAUUUCCUGGCCUUCCCUCUACCCUUUUCCAUGGCAAGAGCACGAUAGCAACAGUUCUAAUGUGCACCAAGAGAGAAAAGUAAAGAGAAAGAAAACAUUGUGAUUUUCGAUAAGUUUCAAAUUUUGAUUUUAUUAAAUUUUGAAGUAUUCCAAAUUCAGUUUCCAACUACUGGGCCAAUCGACGUAUGCGUAAAAGUUUGAUCUAUAUAAAAGAAAGCCCCAGGCUCACCCCGGUUCCUUCCCGGCAAUCGCGCUUCCGCAAUUCUAACCUUAGAAAAAUCGAAGAUUUGGACUAUGGCAGAUCGUAACGGUUCAGUUGGGAGUGAGGAUUUUAUCCGAAUUGUCCCGACUCCUGACUAUGUUGUAUCGACGGUUUUUCUGGACUGCUAUGUGGACCUCACCGCUCUUGCAUCAAAGGCGGGCGGCCUUGCGAGAUAUAAUCCAAAGCGUAUCGAUGCUGUAAUCAUCAGGAUAAAAACCCUGCCAAACACGAAGGUGUUCGUUUAUGCUUUUGGAAUGAUGAUUUGCAUGGGAGCCAAGGACGAGGAACAUUCAAAUUUAGUUGCUCGCAAGUAUGCUCUAUUCAUCCAAAAGCUUGGGUUUUCCGCUAAAUUUAAGGACUUCAAGAUUCAGAGAAAACCUGGUUUAGGCCCUGUUAAUGUCCCCAUUAUGUUUGGGGAUCUUGCACUUGCCGAUGAAGCCUCUUCCAAGUGUAAGCCAGAUCCAACUCAGGCUAGUAGUGGACAAAAGUCAAUUGUUCGACGUAAAAGUUGGAGGGAAGUGCCUAUCCCCCUUUUGCUAUCUGCUGUUGAGCCUCGACUUGAGGAGGACAAUGCAGUGCUGCUUAGUACUCUUUGCAUGAAACUAGCAGUGAGAUUUCGCGUUUGUUUAUUGCUUUCAACUUUGCAAACAUGCUGCCCUUAGUUAUGGUCAUUAUUUUCUUUUAUCUGUUUCAGAAAGAUGAAGUCUCUGUGGAUGAGUUUCACCCUCUUAUGAUGAACAUAAUCCCCCCAAAGAUUUUUGGUCUUACUUUCUAUCUAUUGCUGCGGGUACAGGAGUCGAACCGCAAAGUAGUUUCUGCCGAUGCCCCAGUCAGCUCUCCUAUUGGGGUGGUUGAAGAUACUAUUGACAGUGCUGAUGCCGCUGCUGCGGGUGCUGACAAUGCUACAUACCGUGCUGGGCCUGGUGGUGGUGUUAAAAGGCUUAGAAUUACUUAUUAAAGAGUGCCGUUGGAAGCCAUGAAUCCUUGCAACAUCCAUCAAAUCCAAGAGAAGUCAUCAGGCAUCGGAAGACUCCUGCUGUUGCUUAUGCUUUACUUGGCGUUUCUAUCUAAUUAACACACACAUCUAACAUUGUCUAUCACUGUUUUCUUCCCAUGUUAUCAGUAACAAAAUUGGUACAGUUAUCCAGUCUAUUUUAUUUUUCUGUUUAGUGCUGGCUUUAGUGUAUAUUCCCUCUUGAGGAAGAGGUAAGUUUUUGUUAUUCUGGCCUGGAAUGAGCCCAACUUAAUGGACAUAUAUACGUUUGCUUUCUUUUUUUCCUUUCUUUCAUUUUUUUUUUAAUUAUUUUAUUUAUUUAUUUUUUUUGGGACUAUCUUCAGAAUUUACAAACUUGAG